AUAAUGAUAAAUCAACCAUCUUUUAGGUUGCAUGAUUGUAAAGAGGAGAUACAAUCUCGAAUAUUAAUAUUAUAAAGAAGACGGCUUGCUAGUUUAUUGGAGAAAAAAUGCAAUCGAUUUUGCACAUCACGCUGGUGGUUUUUGCGAUGAUGGCGCUGAGCGAGAGUUUAAGGAUCUGGCCACCAAAACCAGUGAACCCAUGCAGAAGAUCGAAUUGCCCAAAAGGAACAAAGUGCAUUGUGAAAAAUAGAAGGCCUUUUUGUCAGCCAGUUUUUUGUUCACUGCCAGCUGAAACUGGAUUGUGUAAGGCAUACUUUGUAAGAUAUUUUUACAACACAGCGUCUAAAAGAUGUGAUGAUUUCGUGUACGGAGGUUGCGGAGGAAACAAAAAUAAUUUUGUUGAUAAAGUAGAUUGCAAACGUCAAUGUGACGAUCCAGGACCGCCGUGCCCUUAUAACAAACCAUUACACUAUUGCGUCAUUCCUCCCUGUCAGAAUGCAAAAUGCUCACUCUAUCCUGGUGCAAAAUGUGUUAAUAACUACUGUGGUGGGUGUAACGCUGAUUUCUACCUUGGUGAUGUAAAAGUCAACUGUGAUUGUCCUCCGCCUCUGACAAUUCAUCAGUGUAAAAAGGCUCCUUGUGACGGGAAAGUUUGUUUUAACAAUCCGAUCGCAAAAUGUAUUAAUAAUUACUGUGGGGGAUGCUUCGCCGAUUUUUAUUAUCGUGGUCAUAAAGUGAAAUGCGGAGAUCCACUGCCGCCGCCAAACCCGUGUCGGUUCUCCAUAUGUCAACCUGGUCAGAAAUGUGUUGUAGAGAAUGGUAAAGGAAAGUGUGUCUUCCAACUCUAAUCACAGGUCCGUGUACAGGCCGUGAUGAAUGAAGAUGAAAAUCCAGAUCUUGACGAGGAUUUAGAUUAGUUAUAGACGUAAGGCACAAAGUUAUAAUUGCCAAUUCUUGUUUUUAUAUUUCUGAUAUGAUUGUAUGUUUUUAUGUACUUCUUAUAUGUCUGUAAUGAAACUUCAUUGUUACUGUA